ACGGCUGUCCUAGGCGCUGCGACUACACUUCCCAGGGUGCUUUGCUGCUGUCACCGCUGGCCAGCUGCUGUUGACAGGGCUGUGCAGUAGAAGGGGCUUCCAGGGCGGCUGAGGGUGGUCACUGAGGUCAUGUGAUGGCAGCAUGUAGUCAGGGCAGUAAUUGAUUCAUCUCCUCAUGUGACAGUGACAAGGAGCCUGAUUGUGCUGCAGGAAGCAUGGCCUCCAGGGAUGGGGACUCAGGGCUGCUGCGGGGCCCCAGGGCGCGCUCCUAUGGCAGCCUGGUCCAGUCCUCCUACUCCCCGGCCCGGGUCCGGAAGGUGGAACAUCUCGUCCAGCCGGGGGACACGCUGCCGGGGCUGGCCCUAAAGUACGGGGUCACGAUCGAGCAGAUCAAGAGAGCGAAUCGACUCUACACCAAUGACUCCAUCUUCCUUAAAAAAUACCUCAGCAUCCCCGUCCUCACCGAACAACCAGAGCUGACCAAUGGGGCGCACUCUACAGCAGGCCAGGGCGAGAAGGAGGAGGGCGCGGUGAGCCGGCCUCAGCGCAGUGCGUCCGUGGACUCGCGCAAGGGUGACGUCUCCGUCGUCGACUUCAUGAGCAAACUGGACACCAGAAUCCGUGUCUCCAAGAGGGCGGCCGUCAAGAAGAUCCGGGAGGCGGAGUCUGUAGCCCAAGAAGAAGACUCAUCCACAGACGCAAGCUACCAAGGCCUCAGGAGACAGGACUCCCCCCAAACGGCCCAGCGUUCCCUGCUUGGACCUGUCCCUCUCACCAUCAUCACGCGGGCGACUACCCUCCGCGAUCGAGAAGAUGAGAUAUUUAAACUGUGAUAUUUAAGCUAUUUUUUACUUUAUCUUUCAAUUUUUUUAUUUUGCCGAUUAUUUUAAAAUUUCAAUUUCUGGAAAUUCUGCCCAAAAAAAACCAUCUGAAAUAAACCUACAACAGACGCGGUAUCCAAGGGCGUUAAAUUGGUUAUAUCCAGGUUUUUGACCUUUUAGUUUUUUUAUUUUAUUUCUUAUGGAGAAAUAUAAAUAUGUUUUUCGAACAAAUUUUUUUAUUUUUUAAUCUCAGGGUCUAUGAAUUAGAAAUCCUAUGCACACAUAGUAGCGGCCCUCCUCUCUCUGACGGGCACGCCCUUUUCAUACAUUUAGGAUCUACACGCCCCGUGGCCAAAGUAUGCUCCUCCGUAUGUGCUCAUGAAACAUCUUAUUCCGAAACCACGUGGACUGAUAAGGACCGGCUUUACGCGGCUCCAGCAGCCUCUUGGCAUUGUGCACAGCUCCUGAUGAGCGGUUCUUCUGCUGCCGUUGCCUCACAGAUGAUCGGGGAAGCUCUCGAAGGGCAGAUAUCUGACCGAAAGGUGACAUCCUGUGAAGGUGCCACAUUGACCUCCUCCGACUUUCAUCCUACGGCGACCUCUACGCUGGAUUUGGUAUAACCGGGGGGGGGCACAUAUUUUUGGAGAGGAUUAUACAUUACAUAUAUAGCGCUGGUAGCAUCAUUCUUUCCAGCAAUUCACCAGAAGGGGGCGCCAUUGUACAAUGUUUCAUGCAAUAAAGCUCUGUCUUUGUGCCUA